GGGGAAUUCUGCAAGCAAAGAGAAGGAAUUCUUUUUUCCCCCUAAAAGAACCAAAUAAAAAAUAGAGAGAAGGAAAGAAAUGCAUGGCCGCGCAACGGAAUGGGAAAUCUCAGCUUCUUCCUCCCUGUGGCUACUGCAAUUUCUUUCCCCACCCACCAACUCCUCCCGUCCCCUCCCCCGAUUAUCUUAGCAGCAGGAGGAGGAAGACGACGUCGAGGAGUAGGCCUUUGCUCGUUGUGGUCUGGCGAAAGGCCUUUGGUGGAGGGAAUAAUCAAUCAAUCCAUCGCUGCACUUGGGGUUCUCCAACAAAUUCAUCCUCCAUACCAAGAAGAAAGCAGAUUGGAUUCCCUGAGAACCAAAGCAAUGGAUGUCAACGCUGCCUCCGUUUCUUCUUCUCCAUCGUCGUGCACCACCCCGGAGACAGAGGACCUGCAAUUCGACGGCCGCCACCACGAGAGGGCGCCGCUCCUGCUGCCCACCAAGAUCAUGGACGCCGCCGACGAGAAGGGCGAGAGGCCCGACCUCACCGAGGAUACGGCCCACCAGAUUAGCGUUGAUCCCUGGUAUCAAGUUGGGUUCGUCCUCAUAACCGGGGUCAACAGCGCAUAUGUGCUAGGAUACUCUGGCUCUAUUAUGGUUCCUUUAGGCUGGAUUGCCGGGACAUGUGGCCUCCUCCUAGCUGCCGCCAUAUCCAUGUAUGCUAAUGCGCUUCUUGCACGACUCCAUGAAGUUGGCGGCAAACGCCAUAUCAGAUACAGAGAUCUUGCUGGGCACAUAUAUGGAAGAAAAAUUUAUGGACUUACAUGGGCUCUGCAAUACGUUAAUCUUUUCAUGAUCAACACUGGCUUUAUCAUCUUAGCUGGGCAAGCUCUGAAGGCAACAUAUGCACUCUUUAGGGAUGACGGAGCUCUAAAGCUUCCUUACUGCAUUGCAAUAUCAGGAUUCGUCUGUGCUCUUUUUGCCUUUGGAAUCCCUUAUUUAUCCGCCCUCAGGGUUUGGUUGGGGUUCUCCACACUUUUCAGCCUCAUCUAUAUUGUCAUAGCGUUUGUGCUGUCACUGAGAGAUGGAAUGGCCGCGCCUGCAAGGGAUUAUAGUAUUCACGGACCACAUGGAACUCGAAUCUUUACAACAAUAGGUGCUGUAGCAGACCUUGUGUUUGCUUACAACACCGGAAUGCUGCCAGAAAUUCAAGCAACCAUAAGGCCUCCUGUGGUCAAGAACAUGGAGAAAGCUCUGUGGUUCCAGUUCACCGUUGGCUCGUUGCCUCUCUACGCUGUAACCUUUAUGGGUUACUGGGCCUAUGGUUCCUCAACAUCAACUUAUCUACUGAACAACGUCAAAGGACCAGUUUGGAUAAAAGCCACUGCAAAUAUGUCGGCCUUUCUUCAGACUGUCAUAGCGUUACACAUAUUUGCGAGCCCAAUGUAUGAGUUUUUGGACACAAAGUACGGAAGUGGGCAUGGUGGUCCUUUUGCAUUCCACAACAUGGUGUUCAGAGUACUUGUCAGAGGAGGCUACCUGACGGUGAACACGCUGGUGGCAGCGGUGCUCCCGUUCCUUGGGGACUUCAUGAGCCUGACGGGCGCCCUCAGCACCUUCCCCCUGACGUUCGUUCUUGCAAAUCACAUGUACCUGAUGGUGAAGGGCCAUAAGUUGUCUGCCAUCCAGAAAUCCUGGCACUGGUUGAAUGUAAUUGGGUUCAGCGGUUUGGCUGUUGCAGCCGCGGUCGCGGCAGUAAGGCUUAUCAUGCUUGAUUCUAGCACCUACCACUUCUUCGCUGAUCUUUGAGGCGAAUUUGGAGCAUUGCCUUGAUAGGUCAGCUGAAAGAUUUAGUUUUUUUUGUUUCAUUUUGGGUGGGCUGGGGAAGAUAUGGUAAUAGAAACGGUGAAUUCAAUCAAUCCAUAAAAUGAAGACCACCGAUCUAUGCGCAUGCAGAGAGUGCACGGACAAGUGGAGAAGUGUGUGUAUUGCUAGUUGACAUUUGCGCCACCUCCAGUUGCAACACUGGAAGCAUUUCAGUUACAACUCUAAAAUAUUUGGAGUUGCAACGUAUUAUUAAAAAGCAAAUAUAUCAGUUGCAA